CGUUCCGUGUCGUCAGUCGUUUCUUCCAUGCACAAUCGUUGGCCAUCCCGUCGUAAUCGGCUGUCGUGAAGUUGCAGAAAAAAAAAAAACCGAACGGGGAUAAAGGAAAAAACGAACUAUCAUCCGUCUUGUUUUAAUUUUAAUUUAUCAUUAUUAUUUUUUUUCCCCUCGUCUCAUGAGUCGAAAAUUCGAUCCGUAAAUCGGCCGAUGCCCGAUUGUGUCUCAAUCGCAAGUUCCAACUCUGCGGGACGCUCGCACGAUCGGUCGCAUUAAAUAAUAAUUGUCAGGAACGCGUGCGGGGUACAUUAUACGAAAUAAAUUUGUUAAUGACCAGGAGAAUACACCUCGGCGAGACGGAAUUCGUGAAAUGUCACGUCAUGAAGGUGUUAGCUGUGAUGCAUGUAUGAGAGGAAACUUUAAAGGACGUCGUUUCAAAUGUUUAAAAUGCUACGACUAUGAUCUAUGUGCUCAUUGUUACGAAGCAGGCGCAACCACACCACGUCAUUCAGUUGAUCACCCAAUGCAGUGUAUUUUAACACGUGCUGACUUUGAGCUAUAUUAUGGUGGCGAAUCAUUGGCAUCUGAUCAGCCACAAGCAUUCACAUGUCCUUUUUGUGGACGUAUGGGUCUUACAGAAGUGGUGCUAACAGAACAUGUCACAGCUGAACACCCAGAUUCUACUACUGAAGUUGUGUGCCCAGUUUGUGCAGCACACCCAGGAGGUGAUCCAAAUUUGUUGACUGAUGAUUUUUCAGUUCAUUUACAAAUGCAACAUCGUGCCAGUCCAAGUGUUCCAAGAGAUUUAAUUUCAUUUUUAGAUGAACCUGUUGCAAGACAUUCUGUUCGGCGUAUACCACAGUCUGCAAGAGGUAUGGGAAGUACAAGGGUUCGAAGAGCAAUCAAUUUCAGGUACCGGGCAGCAAAUGGUGGAACGAGAGAUGGUUCGGAUCCAAUUGCUGAGCUAUUAUCACAGUUAAGUGGAGUUCGUAGAGCACAAUCAAAUAGUGUGCCUGGAUCGUCAGCAAGCAGCUCACAAGGCACUCACAAUGUUUCUUCACAGCUGCAACAGUUGCAGAUGCAGCUGCAGCUUGAAAGACAACAAGUCAGGGCUGCUAGACAACAACUAGAACGUCUACCUCGUCGCCAAGGACAUGGCUCAUCUGCAGCAGCUGCAUCAUUAGCUAACAAUAAUAUAGUUGGAUCUGGAGCACCAACACAAGCUGCUGGUACAUCAUCAAACUUACUUAGUAUUCAAGUUGUAGAUUCAAACUCUAACCAAAAUCAGUCUGCACGUAAUAGUUCAUCACAAUUUCUUAUCAAAUAUAUUGAUGCUCCACUAAAUGAAUCUGAACAGCAGAAAUUGGAAAUAGAUCGUGCUGACCGUAGUUUCUUUAUGCAAGAAUUAUUAUUAUCUAUGUUAACUCCAAAUGGAGCCAUGCCAGCAACAAUAACUGCCAAAAAAGACCAGUCGCCAUUAGCCACAGUAGCUCAACCUCAGGUAUCGCAAGCAUUAGCUAAGACGAUAGUACCAGAUACCAAACAACGACAGUCUAACAGUAGACCAUCGCCACCUCCUCCACAACAACCACAGCAAUCGGCUAACCAUGUAAUUGGUGUUCCUCACAGAUAUUCUUCACCGCCCAGUCGCAAUAGGCAAGCUGUAAUGCAAUCACAAAUUCCACAGCCAGCAGCCAAUGUUAGAAAACAACCUAAAGUCUCUGAUCCAUCACCAUCGCAUUGAAUUAAUGGGUAAAAUCCGGUUGCUGCUUAACAAAUUCAACAUGAAAUGUCUAGUCGUGUACUGGUGUUGUGUAACACUUAAAAUUAAAGUAAAAUAUUUAGGAUGAUUUUUUUCUAUAGAUUUCAGUUUAGUUAUAUACUUAUAUGCAUAUAAAAACAAAUAUUAAUGAUAACUAAUUCAAAACGGUAUGUUAUAUAUAUAUAUUUUUGUGUAUUAAAAAAAAGAAAAAACCAAAAAAAAAAAUAUACUGGUCUUUAAAUAAUUUAA